GAUAGGAAGAAUAAUGAUAGUAAACUAGUUUAUUUAAUACUUUCGUUUUGGAAAAGCGAAUGAACUGGUUAGAUAGAUAGAUUUGUGCUUGGGGAAAGCAAAUAAUUUUUUUCUAUAACUCACUCUUUUAAUUACCUUUACAUCUCUACUGUGAAAGUGAAAAUGACAUUUCCACGUCAUGUGGGGAACAAUCCUCAUCGACUCCAAAGAAACAGUGUUUGCCCUUUUUCGCAUUUUAAUUGGGGACAUCAUUAUUUUCAUGCAACUUUAAUUUACUAUUAUCAUGCCGGGAGAAAAGAAACGAUGUUUCUUCUUGUUUCAUUUAGUUACAUUGAUUGAUGACCUUUUUAAUCAAAUUCCCUUUUCUUUUUUUUUUGUUAGUUUGCAAGAAUGAGCGAGUUUUAGAUAGAUUAAGAAUCGUCCUCAUCAUUCAUCCAGAUUGUAUUGGUAGUGAGUUUGCUUUUUCCAACAAGAAUAAAUAAUGAGUUAUUUGUAACGAAAAGUCAUUCAUAGUAAUAGUAUCAUCAUCUGUAUAGUUGAAAAAGUUGUUUUGUAGCUAGAUUCCAGGGACAAAGAUCCAAAUUGUGUGGGCUCUCUGUAACUGAAUGAACAUCUAUAAAUCACUACUACUACUACUGUUGGGGUCCUCUUUACUGUGUACUUGGCAUAUGCUGUCUGUAUGGCAAAAAGUUUUCUUCCAUAUAUAAAAGGUAUUUGCAUUCCAUGAAAUAUUCAGAGGGACAAGUAAAAACAGAGGAAUUAGUUUCCAGACAUGGAGUGGAAUACAAAGUGGGACUGGGAAAACCAUGAAAUAUUCAGCUCAAAAGUUAUGGCAAGCCCUAAAAAGCUAAACACCAACUACGAAGAGGACAUGGAUGGAUCUUUUAAUCUCUCCGGUGUUGUUGGUGGCAGCGGAGGGUCCGCCUCUGACAUGGGGAAUAGCUCCAUAUCAGCUUCAACCGAAUCAUCAUUCAAGGACGGAAAUGGAAAUGGAAAUGGAAAUGGAAACGGAAACGGAAACGGAAUCGGAGUCAGAGUUUCCAAAUUCCCAUUCCAGGGUUUCGCAGGCUUUCCAAACUCUUCGAAGAAAGAAUUUGAAUCGCCUCCGCCAUCAGUUAGCUCCGGCGAACCGUUCAUCGGUUUAAAACUCGGGAAAAGGACUUACUUUGAGAACAACAACUCAAAAACAUCAUCUUUCUCGGAUAUACCUAUUUCAUCGGUUUCUACAGUCAAGAAAGUCAAAUCAUCAUCAUAUUCCCAAGCUACCCCUACCCCACGCUGUCAGGUUGAAGGAUGCAAUCUUGAUCUCUCAUCUGCCAAAGAAUAUCAUCGGAAACAUCGGGUUUGUGAAAGCCAUUCCAAAUCUCCCAAAGUUGUAGUCGGUACCCUUGAACGCCGCUUUUGCCAACAGUGUAGCAGAUUUCAUGGUUUGUCGGAAUUUGAUGAGAGGAAGCGAAGCUGUCGCAGGCGUCUUUCGGAUCACAAUGCAAGGCGAAGGAAACCACAGCAGGAGACCAUUCAAUUCAACUCAACAAACAUCUCUUCAUCAUUUUAUGGUGGGAGACAAAAUUUGAGUUUUGUUUUAAACAAUGGUGGCCCUCUGGUUCAAAGUAGACCACCUGCUGUAAGUUCAACAUGGGAAAAUUCAUCUGUCAAUAUGCCUACUACUAUUGGUUUCAAUAGGUCAGUGCCAUUGAAAGCCACCAGAGUCGAGGCUCUUGAUCAAGGUUUUAAGGAGUCAUUGAGUCCUCCAAAUGUAGACGCGCUCGAUAUUCGUCGUGCUCUCUCUCUUCUGUCAAACAACACGUGGGGUGUAUACGAGUCGGAUUUAGUUGCGGUGGAGCAUCACAAUCACACGCACACAGGCACUGGCAAUCCAAUCCAACACGGGAUGCAGUCUGUUCCCCAACUGCCACCGGAGGAGGAAUACUGGCGGCAGCCUGAGCCACCCAUUGAUGCCGCCGCCAAAACAAGCAAUUCCAUCUCCACCACUCAAUUCCAAGACUUUCAGCUUUUUAACCGCUUCUAUUCCAAUCCAAUUCCAAUGGAUGAAAUCUAUGAUGAUUCUUCCAUAUCCAAAUUUAAACUUGUUUAGGUGCUUCUGCUCAUUCUUAGGGCUUCCCUUGCCUGGCCCUGCCCUUAUUAAUAACAAAGUCAGCAGGGGUGGGGUGGGGUGGGGCUCCGUACAACUGUCUAUUCACAUAUGUUUUGGUUGUUGUAUUCAUUUUGCAUUUCUUGACACGUGUAGUGUAGUAUAAUGUUGAUGUAUGGGAUUUUACUUGCUGCUAUUAUGUCCAUCCAUGCUUAUUGGUUGGAGUUUUCA